UAUAAUAGUGAACUGCACAGAUCAAAAGUCUCAACUCCAACAUCAUUUUAAGACAACACAAGACAAGAUAAGAUGGUUUCACUGCAGGAGAAGUUGAAGACGUUUGUGAAUCACAGAUGGCUGGUGUUUGUGUGUGCCAUGUGGGACAUGUCAUUUGCAGGAACCUCGUACAUGUUUGGGAGCAUAUCACCAGUGAUAAAGAGCAGCAUGGGUUUCAAUCAGAAGCAGGUGGCUUUCUUGAGCGUGGCCAAGGAUUUGGGUGACAACGUUGGGCUUCUGGCAGGGUUAAUCAGCGAGCAAUGGCCCCCUUGGCGAGUUAUACUUGUUGGGGUUGUUCAGAAUGUUGUUGGUUAUGGCAUCGUUUGGCUUGUUGUCACACACAGGUUCCCUUCUUUGCCUUUGUGGGCGCUAUGCAUUUUCAUAUUUGUGGGACAAAAUGGCUGUACCUAUUACAACACAGCUGCUCUAGUUUCCUCCGUGCAAAGCUUCCCGGAAAGCAGAGGACCCGUGGUGGGGAUAUUGAAGGGCUUUGUUGGCUUAAGCGGUGCAAUUUGGACUCAAAUAAUAGCUAUGAUCAAUCUCCCUGAUCAGGCAUCUCUGAUUUUCAUUAUGGCAGUUGGACCCGCUAUGGUUUCUUUCACCCUCAUGUUCAUCAUAAGACCAGUCCAUAAUUACCAACAAUCUAGAGCUUCUGAUAGUUCAGGCUUCAUGUUUAUCUACAGCAUUUGCCUUCUCUUGGCUGCUUAUCUGAUGGGAGUUUUACUGCUACAGAAUAUGUUGGUUUUGGACCAAAGCAUCAUCACUUUAUUUGCAGUUAUUUUGAUCAUUUUCAUAUUGCUUCCAAUUAUUGUUCCCAUUGUAUUGGUUUUCUUCUCGGAACCGAAAAGUCCUGACGAGGAAACCCUUCUCGAGCCACCAAUCCCAACAUCAAGUAAAACUAUUCAUGUGAUUGCUGAGACUAGUAAUGGUGCCAAACAUGUUGAAGAAGAGAAGCCUCCAAAGCUUGAGGUGCUUCCAUUAUCAGAAGGGCCAAGGGACAUUGUUCAAGUUCAUGCCAAACUUUUCCAAGCAGUCACUGCAGCUCUGAAGAAAAUCAAACAAAAGAAUGGCCCCCGUAGAGGAGAGGAUUUCACCUUAACUCAGGCUUUUGCGAAGGCUGAUUUUUGGAUCAUGUUCUUAUCCCUCCUGUUGGGUUGUGGAUCAGGCUUGACAAUGAUAAACAACAUGGGACAGAUUUGUCAAUCGUUGGGAGAUCACAAUGUCAAUGUGUAUGUAUCUAUUAUUAGCAUAUCGAACUUCCUCGGUCGUGUUGGUGGCGGCUUCUUCUCAGAGGUUAUAGUAAGAAAUUUUGCGUACCCGAGACUUGCUGCCUUAGCAUUGGUUCAGGCACUGAUGUCUUUUGGGCUUUGCUACUAUGUCUUUGGCUUGGUUGGACAAGUUUAUGUGGUGGCUAUAUCUAUGGGUUUUGGGUAUGGUGCCCACUGGUCAAUUGCAUUAGCUGCAACUUCAGAAGUGUUUGGAUUGAAGAACUUUGGAACUUUGUACAACUUUCUUACCAUGGCUAGCCCUGCUGGAUCUCUGCUUAUAUCUGCAUUGUCCAGCACAAUCUAUGACUAUUAUGCAGAGCAACAAGCAAAGCAUCGAAUUCAUACCUAUGGAGCCUUGAGGAACUUUGCCAUGCCUUAUAACAGUACUGGAAAUAAUGAAUUGCUUCUUUGUGAGGGAAACAUAUGUUAUUCCAUUACAUGUGGAAUCUUAGCAGUAGUUUGCCUGUUUGCAGCUGCUUUGAGCUUGAUCAUAGUUCACCGGACUAAGAGGUUCUAUGCUCAACUUUAUGUGAAGUGUCAAUCUUGAUUGGGGAAAGCAGAGAAUAACUUGCAAUAAGACUGUCACCAAGGUUUGAAUAUUAGGUGAAAUUUUCAUGUGAAAAUAGAUAAGUGUUCUCUAGUCAAAAUUUAUUAAGAAACUGAUAUAAAUUUUUACAUGGUGAAGUCAUGUAAAUAGGAUGAGAGGAUCCAUUUCCAUUCCAUUGUAUAGAUAGUUUGCCUUGUUGAUCUCUUUGUUAGGUUCAUGCCUUCAUGGCCUUUUAUGUUUAAUAUAGAUGGCCAUUGUCAAAGGUUUUUUUAUAGGGCAAAUGUUAGUUGUUAGUAAUGUUAGUAAAUAAGUCCCUACUCAGGUCUGAACCCUUCACCCUUCACCUUCAUUCCCUCCAACUCUUAUGUCCUCUAGCUCUUGCCUUGAGUUAACCCUCGGGACAUUGUCAAAGGUUUUAAUAUACAUUCCCUAUAUCAAUCUUACAUAGUCGUGAAUUCCUUAUUGA